CCUCUCUGCAUCCCAACUCGGCUCACCAGGAUUCAUGAACUAUAUCAUGACACAGCAGCGCCGGAAAGUGGAUCGUAAGUGGCCGAGCGUGGAGCAGGUGCGAUUCAUCCACUCCGCCGUUUCUUCUUACAAGCCCCUCAAUCACCCGGGUGGGAAUGGAACAAUGGGCAGCGGUGCAAUGGAAGGCCCGAUGAUCCUCAGAAAGUUCACAGCAGCCUGCAUCGCGGCCUCUAACCCCUUCACCCGGUACUCCGAAGGCUCGGACGAGCUUAAAGAGUGGACGAAGCUGUUUGGUGAGUGUCAGGGGCUGUGGUUGGAUGUUUUGAAGGAGGGUGGGAAGUGGGCUGAGAGUAAGCCGUGGGAGGAGUGUUGGCGGAAGGAGUGGGUGGUUGAGGAGAGGGGGUUGGAGGAGAGGUGGGAGGAGAUGCGUGUGCAUGGAGAAAGCAGACGAGAGCGGGGAGGAAUUGAGAGGAGUGCAGAGGCGGGUUGUACGAAGGGGUUCCUUGCGGUAUCGGAGGUAUGAUGUGGGUGGUGUUUGAGGAGGGGUGGGCAAGGAGACUUCCUCUGGGAAUGUUUUGGGGGGUUUAGUGGGUGAUUGACUGCAAUGGAUGGGGAGCUUACUUCCUUUGGAAGAUGGGUACGUAUGGGGGAGAAGGGAGCAAAGGCAGAACGGGAUGGCAAAAGGGAUAUUCGGGAGGGAACGGAGAACGACAGUGCAUUUGGGAGGAAAUGAGAUCUUGGAAGUGCAUGCAAGUUCGGGGGAAUAAAUUCCAGCGACUUUACUGGUCAGUAUACAAAAU